ACUCAUCAUUUUGCUUUUGAAUAGCAUCCACCGAAUUUCCUUCAAUUGAAAUCAAUAUGAAAGUGCCAACCGUUGGUUUUUGCUGUCAACUGCAUUGUGUCACUGACUUGACAACCGGUGGAAUAUUAAUUGGUUGUUUUGAAGCAGCCCUCGGAAUUGUUCUAUCAGUAAUGAGUUUAGCGAAUUUCUUAUUUUUUAUAAUGGCUGUCAUUUAUCUCGUAGUUAAUGUUUGUUGGCUCUAUGGAAUCGAAAGAUCUCGACCAAGUUAUUUGUUCCCGAAUAUAGUACUAUCUUCGAUUAUUAUUGUGCUUAUUUACAUUGCUGAUAUUUUGCUGUUGUGCUUUAUUGUAUAUUUCGAAGCUUCUGGAACACCAAUGAUCAAUGAGUACUUAUAUCUCGUUCCACUCUUUUUUCUCAUCUACUUGACACCGUUAGCUACGUACUUUAUGGUUGUCAAAUACUCCAUCUACAAAAAAGCAAUGAGAGAACUUUCUCAAAAACUGUGCUCCCCGUUUGAACUCGUAGUGUAGUGUAGUGUAAUAGUUCAAAAAUGAAAUAUUUGAAUGUUUAUCAAAUCAAAUUUAUUCUAUCUCUAAAUAAAUGACAGUGUAAAAGUG